UGGGUUGUUGGGAUGCUUGUGCUGAUACUGUGUUUUGUUGAGAGAAGGAGAUUUUCUGCUGAAAUUGUUUCAAAGCUGGGUAGUAGCUUUUCCUUGGCACCCUUUAUCAUUGUGGUGGCUGUGUGCACUUUAUUAGCCAUGGUUGCUACUCUUCCAGUUGCACAACUUUUCUUCUUCCAUAUUCUUUUAAUAAAAAAGGGAAUCAGCACCUAUGAUUACAUUAUUGCUUUGAGGGAGCAAGAUCAGGAGCAGGAGCAACUUGCUGUUGGUGGGCAGCAAAGUCCGCAAAUGUCCCAAGUGAGCUCUUUUACUGGACUAAGCAGCACCAGUUCUUUCAAUCAAUUCCAUCGGGGUGCAUGGUGUACUCCGCCAAGAUUAUUCCUUGAGGAUCAGGUAUCAUACUUUCAUUAUUUAGAAAGUUAUUGUGAAUGUAAUUUACCAUGGUUAAGAUUAUUUUUGAAAAACCUUUUAAUAAGAUUUUUUUUACUGUACGAGGCAAAUCCAUUUAAUUAA